AUGGCCAAAGAACUGGGAUUUUUCCAUACAUCGUACAAAACGUGGCUUUGUAACACGGCACUAUUUGCUCUUGUUUGUGCUGCUUUUACGGCUGGAGUUCUCCUGGGACCUAUCAUUUCUUCGCGAGGAAAAGAGCAACUGCAAGAGGUUCGCUGUAACUGGGAUUCUUCAAUACAAAAACAAAACCCGAGCACGAAAUGUGUCUUCCCAAAGGAUCUUAAAACACUUAUGAACAAAUGGAAUCGCUCUUUAGAUGACCUGAUUGAAGAGAAGAUGGCUAACUUUUCCAAAGGGUCAAUAACUCCUCUCAUGAGAAAACUCUCUAGAGCAAAAGAUGCUUCUACAAAGAAAGUACUUCGAGGUAAGAUAAGUCUCUUAGUUGUCUUAAUUUUUCUGUUCUGUUUAAUUUGUCCCUGGAUCGUAUGAUUUUUCAGUAUCACAUGGAAACACUAUAAACGGUUGAAUCACCGAUUAUUGUUUCAAUCUGCAUGAGAUGCAGAUGUAUCUUUUUAUACGCUGAAAAACGCCAAUGUUGUUGAGGUCUGUGUUUGCUCUCGUUUUAAUUCAUCCAGUUUCUCCGUAAGGUUUUCCCGUUUGAGGGUGUCAAAUCUAAGACAUGGAAUACUUUGUUAACUUCAGAGCAUUACAAAAAAAAACGUAAGGUCGUGACCAUCAAAUGUAAGCUAUGAGUGGCUAAAGUCUCCAGCUGUGCUUUUAGAUUUACAUUGAAAACGUAGUAGAACAAAAAUCCGUUUUUUUUGUCCGUCAGUCACGGAAAGAGAUAGGUUCACGGCUAGACGACUGACUCAAAACCAUCGCCGUUUUUUUCUUUGGUUAAAUCCCCUGUUUAGUGUCCUAUUCAUUUGAUACUAAGUGUGGAACUUUAACACUGGCCCAGUCAGUGUGUUACGAUGAUUUUUUUCUUCCGUUUUGAGUUUUAGCUCUAAUCUGUUUGGUUUAUGCGCAUUCCAGGAGAUAAAGACUCUGCAAAAUGGGCUAUAGACCGUUGUCACCCAGGAAAUACGUCCUUUAAGGCUAUCCUCACAGAGUAAAGGCUCCAUUCUUUAUCCCACGAAAACUUUCAAUCUUAACAGAACUGUCAAAAGUUAGUUUUCGUGAGGAGAUAUGAAGGCAUUCUUUCAUACAGAGUUGAGGUCAUGGAGAAUCGAUGGACCCAAAACAAAUUGUUCGCGUCAAAUGCAAGAGUACUUAAAAACUAAAAACACGUAAAUCUUUAAGACGCUUUUCUGGCGUGUGAUUAAAGUUCUUUUUUUAUAAACAGAGCCAGCGAAUUAUAAUAACGUUUUAUUAAACAACAGAUUUUCGAUACAAUUUCUUUCUUGGCAAGCAUACUGAUAUCUUGAUCGAAAUCUCUUGGAUAAAUACCAUAAUUAGUCCUACUUUACUAGAUCUUGCAAUUUUUUUUUCACGCGCUUAAACUGGUACUUAUUCAUCGCAUUGCAACAGAAAAAUAGCGAUAUAUCCAAGCCACUACUUAAUUCACCGAAAUAAUUCUGUGCUCCUGGAAGGGUUAAUUAAGAAGCAGCGGUGAACAAAAACACAGAGAUGUAAAAUUAGCUGGGGCAACAGCUGAUUUUUUUUUCAGGGCGUGAAUAGGAGACAACAUACACUUGUAAGUAAUCUACCAAGCUCUAUAAAUAACCGACCCGCUGACGGCUGUAGUUACGUAUGAUAAUUGUUUUUGUUUAUCCAAUUCAUUUCUUAUCUCUAACUUGUACCUCAUACCUGGAACAGACUAUUUGUUUUCAUCCGCUGCGCUGAGCGAUUAAAUAGUCACGUUCACUACUGACAGGUACAGAGACUGAACUUGGAGAUUUUUCAUAUGGGGUAUAACACACCCUUUCUGAAAAAUCUGACUUCGCUUUGGGCACAUUUUUAAGAAGCUUUUUACUUGGCAGACCAUUUUUUCUAUACUGAACAGAUCGGGAAUGUUUCCGCAAGGUCUUAAGGCGUCGGAUUUGAGUAAAAUCCAAUUACUUUCACUUCUCUGGUGGCAAAGGUUUCUCGCUCUUUUCUGUGAACUUUGAACCGACAGGAAGUAUUAUUAAAGCAGUUCUUUUAUCCCCUGCAAAAUCCAGUAGUCCAAGGGGUACUCCUAGGAAUUCUAUGCUAGCGUAUGCCGCCCAGUUCUCCAAAUCCUUACACUCCAUUUUAGAUCAAAACAUGUAAUUUUUCACACCUGUUCCUCUAAAAUCCAUUUUAAACACGGCUGCUCGGUUUGCGAAUAAAUGACCUUGUCCAAAUGAAGUCAACACUACUGUUUAAGGAUUUAUUUUCUUUUCAAGUGGUAUUUGACAAAGAAUCUCACGUUCGGAGCUGAGAAAAAUUCCUUUAUACGUCCUCAUGAUUCCCUUCAAAGCUAUACCCAACUUCACUUCGAAUCCUUGCUUAUAUACAGAUGGCAGAAAAGCAGAGCACCCAACAACCCCCCCAUCCCCCCGCCCGGCCUCCGGAAUCCAGUGCGAAGAUCUUUGUCCAAAACGUCGAAAAAAACGCAUUGGAAAAUCUCGAUAAACAAUCAUCGUCUAAUUCUUGGCUAUAAAAUACUAAUUUCGAGAUCUGAAAAAACGUAACUCGCUAACAAGCAAAAAAGGACCUGAAGAUCUGUUGGGGUAUUUCUUGAACCCGAUUUAAUAAGGUUUUUGUUGUUACAGAAAGGCAUGUUUCAGAUCAAAACAGCAACUGUAUUUAAUCUGAAUAAUAAUAGUAUUCGAUUGCAAAGUAAAAACUCUCGUGAGUUACAAGCGCGCUUGAUGUACGUCACGGAUUGCAAGCCGGACGAAAGAUUACUUUUACCACAAAUUUCGGUGCACUUCCUUUCUGACUUAUCGUGAGCAGUUAUGGAAUUGGCAUUUAGAACAACACGUUUUUAAUCAAAGGAAGUACUUGUUAAUAGCUUCCAAUAAUCAUAAUUUAGGUAGAUUUGAAUCUCUUGUAAAUUUAAAAAAAAGACAAAACAAAACAACCAAGUCUAGACCAAAAAAUAACACAUUAAACUGAUGACAAACAGGUAGAAAUAGUUGCCCUCUCUUGGAAGAAAGUAUUCUUAAAAGUAAAACGAGUUUUUUGCACUAUUUCUGUUAAAAUCAUCACCAACUAGAAAGCAAAGAAAUAAUUUAUUUGAUGAUAAGUCAGCUGUUUUCAAUAAUUAUACUGCUUAAAAUAUCAUCCCUUUAAAAUCGAUUACUUGCCAAAGGGAAGUAUUUCAAAAAAGCCGGUGCAAUCAUUCAUUAAGUGUUCUUGACAGCGGAAAAUGAGCUUUUUCCGCUCGGUCACUAAACAAGCGCAGCUUGUUAUCGACAUCGCCUGAAGGGAGAGCGUGCUGCUGUUAUCGCGUGAUCAAUGAAUUAUCAGUUAUCGGUGGUAGCGUGUGUAGGAGAAAAGCGUGCGCACGCAAUCCCGAUCAACCCUUCCACCCAUAAGGCCAGUUCAUACGUCUUUCUCCUGCCGUGUCGCCGAAGUUGUAUUCAGUGGGGUUCAACAGAAGCACGACUUCAAUUCAGAGUCGAACUUAAUUGGGAACGUAGUAACAAGUCAGCGGUAAAUGAAGCAAAAAGUACACAUUUCCAAAAUUUAUGAAUUCACAGAAUUUAAUAUAGUUGGGCACUGCAUGUCAGCACGUCAAUUAAAGCACUUCCAUGCUAGAGUCAUGUAGCAUGGAAUUGACCUUGUCGAAUAGUUCAAAACGUUAUCUACAGUUCUUCUGCUGUACCGUUUUGACGAACUUAAUUCUUGGCACGGCAGAAGCACAAAGCUUGGAACAGCGAGAAGAACGUCUUUUGAAAUGCAUGCAAUCUCUUAUUAUGGUCACUACAGACAGGGCAAAAAUCAAUUUUCGAUUGUUAAAACACUUGUACAAAACAAUAAACAUCAUCACAGGAAAGUGAUAAUCGAUACUUUUUGUGUUAAUGGCUGGUGACUUUGACAACAGUGUCUCAUUCAGUUUUUCUGCAAAAGUUAAUGAAAAACCAUUCUACGUACGCAGCCAGGGUAUAUGAGCUUAUAUCGCUCCUGACGCAACAGUUUAGAGACGUUACUCGAAAAGUACGUCAUUUACUGCUAAGGGUUUCUUUCAUAGGCCAACCACUCAAUGCAUUGGAGCCACUUGCUAUAAGAUACGCUAUGAAUAAAAAAAAGACCAUGCUAGCACAGCGGUAACACAGGCACACCCAACCACUUUUUAAAACAUCUGUUCGGAGAAGCAAAUAUUGCUUAGAAGUUUCCCUUACCUCAGGACGGCCAACAAUUUCUAUGUGGCCGUUCCAUUCAUGUACAAUUUUUGAAGCUUUAAUAUCGAAUAAAUUCGCUAAGAUUUUCUCGAGUUUAAUUUUUCACAUUUCACUCCCCAGGUUAGCCUAUUUUUCGUGCAAAAAAGGAAACCUUAAAUUUUCGAAUUAAAAAAUGUGAUGGAAAGAGGAAUCAGAAAAAUUCUCACUUUCGUAAUACGUUAUAUUGCAUCUAAAAUUUACGGCAAAAGUUUUGAAGCCCUUGAAAUUUCGAAAAGACUCAAGCUCCCCUAGGGUGACCGAACAGGUACAAAUUUUUUAGCGCCGCGUAGAGUGCAUUUCCAGAGAUCUAAAAGUACUCUUGAUAGGCUAAAAAGUGUUUUUAAUGUAUUUAGGAGGAAAUCGUCGUUGGGUGCCCCAAGUAGUAGGAAGAAUAACCAAAGGAAUCAGUUACUCGAGCCCGAGGGAUUUGUGAAUUUUUCGACAGUAAAAAUGAUUUGCCGUACAUUAAAGCAAACAGACGAAAUGAAUGGACGGAAGUUUUACAUUUUUGAGGCUUUUGUUUGGAAUGUUUAAAACAGACUAAUGCGGUUAGAGACCCUUCCAUUGCGUGAGGCUAUAACAACAACGAUUUGUUAUCAUUGAAACUAGAUUUCUACUGCAAACUAUCACAGCUGGUCUGGUGAUACAUAAUUAAAUACUGAUUACUGAAGUGCCUCUAGGGCUUAGUGGUGCGUGCUUUCCGUGUUGUUGAACUGUCUCCAACAAAAACGUUUAAAAUUAUCAGCGUGAAAUAUUGCGGCAUUCAAGAAGUAACAAAACAACACGUACGCCCCAAAUCUUUCUCUUGAAGUUUAUAAAAUUUACUAAGUUAGGUAAAAUCAUUGAAGUACGAAAGCAAAUGAGGAUCUUCUAGUCCCACGAUACUUGCUUACUUACUUGCUAUUAAAAAAAUUCGUGACGGGGAGGGACGGGGAUACUUAUUGGAGAAGGGCGACGGCGCUUUUCCAAGAAGAUACCGCUGACUUGUUCCCAGACUUCUUUCUUAUGCGCACAUCGUGGGAUCUAGAGUUAGGGGAAGAGAUGAGGGAGAGCUAGAGGUGACAUACCUGGCACUCGCAUACCGCACUCCUUACAGUACAAAAGUUGAUCGUGAACGAUUCAGUAAAUAAGGUAUUUUUUUCCAUACUAGGGGCCCACAAAACGUAGCGUGUUUACUUUUCGAUACGCUCUUUCUCGCCAGAACGGAAACUCCGCUCCGUCUAUAUGAGCGCAUUCGAAGUAUAAGAUAUCAAAAAGAAACACUAAAUGUUGUUAAAAGGUAAAAUAAACCAUUUUAAGGUCUGUAGGGUUUGCUGACAAGCUGGUUAGUGGGACUAAAUUCGCUCCAAAAUGGUUCUAAAAAUAAAUGCUUCGAUAAAAACGAAGUGACAUUAGUGCAUGAAAGUUUAUUGGCUCCCCACGGAGCAUGCGCAUUCAGAGUCAAUGCUUUCUGAACUGCUGGUCUGAUUCAAUACAGUAAUUACACCCGGCUUAUAGCGUUAUUCCUAAUCAGGUCAUGAACCACAGCAUAGUAAACGUUAAUGCAUUUAUUUUCACAGCGAUGUUUAGCGCGAUACUUGCCAACUGGACAGCCAAGUUUUCAGAACAUCUCAACAGACAGUUAAAUACAAACGUGACUAACAAAGUUACCAUGAUGACUAAAGACAAACCGGAAGGAAGACGAGACCCGGAAGUGAUCCAAGUAGAUCCGGUUGAGCCCGGGACACCAGGUAAGAUGACAUUUCGCCUCUGUUUUAUAGGUCAUCUCCUAGCAACUUUGUACUAUCAGCAGUCUAGCCUGAGAAAACAGCCGGUUUUUCCCGACGCCACCACUGCACUGGUUUCCCCAAGAAAUGAAAGAGCACACAAAAUCCAUACUCACUACCCAGAUCUGCGGGCUUGUGCUUCUGACUGGACGAAGCAAGUUUUCGGCCAAUCAGGAAGCACUACCCAGAUCUGGGUAGUGACGUAUCAUCAGUAUCGAAUUUCUGCAUUCAUUCCUCAGAUGUCAUUUCUUGGGGAACGCCAAAAGUGGUGUCGGGAAACGUCGGCUUUUUUUUUUUUCAGUCUACUCGCCUGUUAUUGGUUAAAAAGGCGCGGGAAACGAUUGGAAAUGGAAAGAGAAGGAGAGGUUUUUCCCGCCUUGUCCCUCUUCCCAUCGCACCGUCUCCCUUCCUAGCAUCCUCGGAGACCCAGGGGCAGAUAGUGGGGGCAAGGAAAAGUCUAAUCGCGAAGAAAAGUACUUUUCUCCGUGCCAUUUUUUUUUUCGCUGCGCCCGUUUAGACUUUCCCUUGCUCCUACUAUCUGCCCCUGGGUCUCCGAGCAUGCUUUUCCAGGCGCUCGCUAGUAGAGACCUUGUCACGGUUUUGGAAGCCAUCUUCUCAAACUCAUUAAUAAUUCAUAAAGAAAAUUCAAAGGAAAUUAAUGUUUAAUGAGUGUUUGGAUAUCAGAUGAAAAACUGCUCAUUUUUGCAUCCUUAAUUUCUCCUUCAAAAAUGAUUUUGUUUGAGGAGAAAUAUCAAACAUUCGACACAGUGUUUCAUCACCAGAUUAAACACCUCGAAGUUCGUCAAAAAUACUCCGCUGCGCGUCGUAUUUCAACUCUCUUCUCGGUGUUUCAUCUGGUGAUGAAACACUGCGUCUCAUGUUUGAUAUAUUACUUGACGAGUUGGUAACCGUGUGAGAAAUUGCAGUGUUUGUAUGUCGAAUAAUUUCUGUAAGACGGCUGUUCUGAAAAAAAAAAAAAAAGUAUUGUGAACUAAAGCUCCACCCCUAACGAUUCCAUCGAAAAAAUCAGAGGGCGUUACAUGCAGCUUCAUGGGCUAGAACCACUUUUCAAAAUUUUCUAUACAUCUUUCUGUAAAAAAAAAACUUGACUCUGAGAAACGAUUUGAAAAGAUCUAAGCUUUCCUGUUCUCUUGCCUCUCCAGGGAUAUAUUAUUCCAGAGGACCGGUGUAGUCGGAAAGGCUAUACUUCCUCUGUUAAACACAGUUUCUUUUUAACAGUUCAUAAUUGUUUUUCUUACAGCCACUCCCGUAAGUUUACCAGUUCCUAUCGCUUUGUAUCCACUAAACGGCAAAUACACAACUUGGGAUGUCAGCGGUCGAAGCAAUCCCAACGGCAUUGCGCGUGGAGUUCACCUCGCUACAGGACCUGAGGGACAUCCUAACGGCUCGUACCAGUUCUCUGGUAAGAGCGACAGUUUUAUUGAAUUCCCAAACAUGGGGGCGCUUAGAGCUAGAGAAUCUAUAACCCUGCUGGCUUGGGUCUAUAUCGAGUCCGGCAAUGGACCUAUAUUCAACUACAAUCCUCUGGGCUGGGGAGUCAGCCUUUGGGUAAAUUCGAAGCGUCACCUAGCAGCAAAGUUUGUUGAACAGGACGACCAAUGUGAGACUUGCAUUGACAGCGCUCAUCCUCUAAAAACAAAGACGUGGAAUUAUGUUGGAAUGUCGUACGAUCAAACCAGCGGAAUUGCGAGGCUGUGGGUCAACAAGCGAGUGAGCAGUCAGAGAGGCAUUGGAACCAAUAUCAAACUGUCGACUUCAAAGAACGCCAGAAUGGGUGCGCGAGCUGUGAAUGAUGGGAACUAUUUUAAUGGACGGAUAUCCCGGAUGCAAGUCUAUGACAAGGCAUUGAGUCAACGUGAGAUCGAGGCUGUCGCAGGACCAAUUGAAGGUAAAACAACUAGAUUUUCUUAGUACCAAGUAUCGCGCGCACGAACUAGCAUAAUUUCGGCGGGAAAGCGCGAUAGCCGUCGUCAUUCUACCACGGGUUUCAGAGAAGAUGUUACAGUGGCGGAAAUAAGUGCCAUAGUGUAUUAUUCUUAAUUUUUUAGCGCCUACUAUUUAUCGUCUCUCAUUUCUCUUAGGCUCCCAUCUAAAUCUAAGGAAUUCUAGUGAUAACCUUUUACUUAGUUAUCCGCGUUUUAAAUCUAAAGCUACACUAGGUGAUCGUUCUUUUAUCUGUGCUGCACCGAAACUGUGGAAUGCUUUACCAUUUGACAUAAGAAGCGCCAGCACAGUUAGUAUUUUUAAGGCCAAGCUAAAAACUCACCUUUUCCGUCAUGCAUUCUUAUCAUAGUUGUUUUCAUUAUUGUCAGUUUUUUGUAAUUGUAAUUUUAGCUUUUUAAAUCAUUGUAAGUUUACUCUUGAUUGUAAUUUUAGCUUUUAGCCUUUUUAUUUCGUUUUUAAUCUUGUCACUGCGCAUUUGAACAUUUUAUGGAAUUUGCGCAUUAUAAAUGUUUUAUUAUUGUUAUUAUUAUUAUUAUUAUUAUUAUUAUUAUUAUUAGAUAUUUUAUCAUUUUGCGAUCAGGAGAAGGCUUAACCUCCUUCAAUAAAAAUAACAGUAUGUGGUAGCCUUUCUGGUGAAAAAAUGACAAAGAAUAAAGUAAAGUCAAGCUUUCUGGGUGUCCAUUGUCUCAGAGUGCCCCCAAACUGAGUUUUAGUUAAACCUCGUCCUCCCUCGUAGUUGUCCUCGCCCUCGGAUUUUAAGGCCUCUUUUUACAGUAGAUUUUUCGAGGUCUAGAGAGAGACGAUAAUACCGUUUAUACCACUACAUGAGAAAUUUCUGCAAUUCGAUUGGCUUAGAGCAGUGUUAUUUCAGCUUAAUUUGAAAUACCUACAAGUGAAAAUUACAAACCUUUUGCAGGUAGUGGUAUAAACAAAUAAUAGCAUAAUUUGUACGUGAUAUUUGGCAUAAAUACCACUCGUGAUAUUUCACAAUUGUAUAAAAUUACGUAUAACAAUUUUGAAAUAUCACUCGAGGUAUUUAUGCCAAAUAUAACUACCAAUCAUGCUAUUACCUAUUCUAAUUUGUGUAAAUAUAUUUUAAGCUUUUUAUUAUCCUGUAAUUCGUAGUUGGCGCAUGCCCACAAGGUUGGACGGGAUAUCGUUCUUCAUGUUACUUGGUAGUCAACCGGUUAACAAGGCAGUGGAAUCAAGCUAGACAGGUUUGUCAAGAACAUGGAGGAGACCUGGUUGAGAUUGGCUCUUCAGAAGAAAACCACUUUGUCUAUUCACUUGCUCGCGCCAAAGCUUCCGAUAAAAGGUAAGUUAAAGAGUUGACUUGAAAGAUAUCGUAAAGGCUCCAUCGAAUGUCGAUGAAAUCUCUCUGAGACAGAGAGCUCCUAAAAGUGGUCACCUGAGUUGCAAUAGGAGGUCCCUGGUUCUUAUUUUUCGACGGUAACUCCUAGUCCCUAGGCCUCAUUAUUGUGCGCGGCCGAUACUUUUCGGGUCACCAGGUCCCAGCGAGUUUUUUUUUCCUUUUUGAGUCUCCCAGCCGUUCGUCUCGGAUACGUCACCGAAAAUGCGUUGACCGAGAAGGCCUGGGAAGAAGCCGUACAGGGGCUAGGCAAAGUAACUAGAAAUAGUACGCAUUAGGCUAACAGAUCUGAAGCCGACGGUGUACCCAUUUUACCAGUCUCUCCAUCAGUGCUCUAUUUUACGGGUAUUUAAAGCUACUUUAAGCUGCACGGAAAAGAAAGAAGUCAAAACAAGAAUUUGAAGUCACACUCAGUAAUCGAACUCUGCAACCUCGGGCAAAAAAAACCGGAUGUGCUAAUGCAGCGUGGCCGAGUGGUCAGAAUCCGGCGGUCCUGGGUUCGAGUCCCGCUCUGGCCACUUGCUGGAUUUGUUCUCAGUCAUCCCGAAUUGGAAGUCUCGACAAAGCUUGUAAAUAGCCGACUGGUUGCUUCCUGCCAGUUGGGGUUUUUAAUCCUGUUAUGUUGCAUUUGAAUUAUCUGUUUCUAAGUAUUUGAGAAGAGUGCCUGUAAAUUAGCUGGAUAAGCUAAGUGCACUUUUCCAUUAUGAACAAGCUUUUUAACCUUUUUUUUUCACCUUUUUGCUCCUUCACUUCUCUCAGUACGAGCUUGUUCAGUCUCAAACAUCGCAUGACCCCUCAACUUUUUGCUGCGCAAGUUGAUCCAACGGUACCUUUUGACUAUGCAUUAUAUUCUGUGAUUGACCAAGUUUGAGGUCGAGUUUGUUGACGCAGAAAACGUUUUUUUACGUAAGAGAUGUGAAUCAUGAAAAUAUUGACCUAAACUCAAAACGCUUCUUUUUCAUUCUCUCAAGAUUUAUGUGGAUAGGUUUAUUACGUGGUUCUUCCGACGAGACAUUUACCUGGAUUAACGAUCACUCGCCCUUAAUGUACUCCAACUGGGCGCUUGGCGAACCUAACAACGCUUACGGGCGGGGCGAAAAUUGCGGCCACAUGUACAUCUACUCAAGGGACAAGGCCAAGCAAUGGAACGAUGAAUUAUGUGUGAACCCUACAAUAGGGUCAAUGGUGUUUAUGUGUGAAAUAGAGCCUGUAGACACAAUAAGAAUGAUGGAGAUGCCAAAAACUGUGGAAAUCAGUAAUUCUGUCGACGAGGAUAGCUCCGGUGAAGACUCUGGGUCAGGAGAAUAUUCAAGUGGGUCGGGAAGCGAACACCAGUUCAGGUUGAUGAUCGAUUGA